AUGGGGAACCACACAAGAGUGACAGUGUUCAUCCUAGUAGGUCUGACUGAUGAUCCUCAACUGAAGGUGGUGGUGUUUACCUUCCUGCUGCUCACCUACCUGCUCAGCAUCACCGGCAAUCUGAUCAUCAUCACACUCACCCUGCUGGAUACUCACCUCAAGACCUCCAUGUACUUCUUCCUUCGGAAUUUUUCCAUCUUAGAAAUUUCCUUCACAACUACAUGCAUCCCUAAAUUGCUGGUGAUGAUGGCAACUGGGAACAAAACCAUUUCCUAUAACAGUUGUGCAGCUCAAGUGUUUUUUGUCUUCCUUCUCGGAGCAUCUGAAUUUUAUCUGCUGGCAGCCAUGUCCUAUGACCGCUAUGUUGCCAUCUGUAAGCCCCUGCAUUACACAGCCAUCAUGAGCACUAAAAUCUGCACACAGCUUCUCUUCUGUUGUUGGCUUGCUGGGUUCUUUACCAUCUUUAUACCUCUCCUCUUGGGCCUAAACCUUGAUUUCUGUGACUCCAACAUUGUUGAUCAUUUCUACUGUGACUCAACUUCCCUCAUGCAGAUCUCCUGCUCAGACACAAAGCUCAUCGAGAUAAUGGGAUUCAUUUCUGCUGUGAUGACACUCGUGGUCACCUUGGCAAUGGUGAUAAUAUCAUAUAUGUAUAUUGCAUUAACAAUUCUAAAACUCCCUUCAGCCAAUCAGAGGAAAAAAGCUUUUUUAACAUGUUCUUCUCACAUGAUUGUGAUUUCCCUUUCUUAUGGCAGCUGCAUCUUCAUAUAUGUUAAACCUUCAGUGAAACAAAAAGUAUCUUUUUCCAAGAGAAUUGCAGUUCUCAAUACCUCUGUUGCACCACUUUUGAACCCUUUCAUCUACACCUUACGGAACCAACAGGUGAAACAAGCCUUCAUUAAUAUGAUACACAGGGUUGUUUCUCUCCCAAACAAAUGAAUAUCCUAUUGCAUCACAUGUAAAGAAACAAACAAAGGGACCCUGGCAAUACCAGUGUAUCCAAUAGUAGCUUCCAAUACACAGUUUCCUCAUUUAUUGUGGUUUCUUUGCUUUGUUAUUUAUCUCUAUCUCAUUUCAAGCUGUAUUUUCAAAAAGCUUGGUUUCAAAGAAUUUUAUUUUCUUUAUAGUCUUCAGUAUAGAUUAUUUUCACUUCACU